GCCGAUGAGCCAGGCCUCUUCUUCUCGGCACCAGCAUGCCGCUUCCUCCUUAUUUCACGACAGGAGGCAUACGCAGAGGUUGAGAACAGCCCACCUGACGAUGGUACAGCGAAUGUGCCUUCAGACUCGGUAUGCGUGGCGAAGACGGCGGCGAAGGUCUAUGGUGAAGGAGGCGCUCUCCGAAAAGCUUGCGAGCGAGCUUUUGAGCUCGCUGACCGUGCUGUCUCGCUAGGGGCUGGCGCGCUGCGCCUUUGGCUCCCCGAGGGCCUCGAGGCAGCAGAACCUGGGGAACAGGCCCCAGUCUAUCUACUCUUUGAAAAAGACGACUUCUUCGGCAUCUCUGAGAGCUCAAGCGAUGCACCGCAGACGUCUCGGCGAUUUCUUCUUCCUUCCUCGGCACGGAUUCUGGCCGCGUCGAGGCGAUUGAUCUUCGGCGCGCCGCAGGAACUGGUGCGACAGUGUGGGCUCGGGACAUCGGCUCAGAGUGAGUUCUACAUUUGCGCGGUCCUCUUCAGCCAGGCAUCUAGUGGACUUGAGGAUGUCGUCGCCGUACUGCGGCAAGUGGGACACGAUGUGAACUGGGUGGCGCGGACAGAGACGCGCUGGGCUGCAGAAAGCUUGGAGGCAGGCAGUCGACUGUUGGCCGGCUCCAUACUUGGCGUGGCGCAGGCAGCCACGCAGUCCCUGAAGGCUUGCGAUGUUCGGGGCAUGCUCCCGGAAGGCCGCUUCGAGGUCCCCGGCGCAGCAAGAGAAGUCGCCUCUGGGGCCCGAGUCGUGAGCCAGUCUAUGGCAUCCUUGGCCGGAGAUUUGGCCUUUCACUUGGCUUCUGUCGUCGGGCACACGGCCGGGCAACUCUGCCGCGAGCUACCGGCAAACUCCGAACGGUGGCACGAAGAUCUCCGCGUCAUCGGCCGCUCUUCCCUGAAAGCUGGCGCCGAGGUCUUUCAAGCUGUGGAAGCUGCCACCGGCCACGUGGCACUGGGCGUUGCAGAGACUUCCGCUGAGGCUGUAGGCCACAGCUGUGGAGAUGACGCAAAGGAGGUGUUCCAGGACACUGUCUUUGCCGUGGCGAACGUCCUGGAGGUAAAACGCAAUCUGUCUGGCAAAGGUUUGGCCCAGCUCUCUGCACUCAGCUCGGCGAAGGAGCUGGCAGGGGCGCCGGUGGCAGAGCCUUCGAAAGAGAGGCCAAGUGACCAGCGCCCCAGUGCAGAGGUCUCGAAUUGGUUCCUCUCGGUACCAUGCCCGCUCCGAUCCGAAGAUGCAGUCUGUGACGAGGCGAUGCCUGAAGUCUCCGAGGUCGCGCUACAUGACCUUGAUAGCUGA